UACGGUUCUGAUGCUGAUGAGGGAGAGGAAGAGAUGCGUGAGGGAUGCUGCCGCUGUUGUGCUGUCCUCCUGCUGCCAUUUCAUCAACUCGGAAAUAAAAACAGUCCAGCAGCUUGCACAGUUUGUCCUUCAGUCGCUCAAUUGCUAGAUUUUUUUUCAAUCCUUUUAAAUACCCUGGAUGUUAAUCCUGAACCGGUUAACUUUGCUCAUUCUCACAGGGUUAUUUCUGUAAACAGGCACUGCUAGUCGUUUUCAAAAGACAACAUGGGGCUUGUUUAAUGCAGCUGCUGGGAUCUCCAUUAGAUUCUAUUCUCAUGAGACAUGGAGACGAUAUGGCUUUACCAGUUUCGUUUGAUCGUCAUCGGAGACUCCACUGUGGGCAAGUCGUGCCUGAUCCGGAGGUUCACAGAGGGUCGCUUCGCCCAGGUGUCGGACCCGACCGUCGGUGUGGACUUCUUCUCUCGCCUGGUGGAGAUCGAGCCAGGAAAAAGGAUCAAACUUCAGAUCUGGGACACGGCGGGUCAGGAGAGGUUCAGGUCUAUCACCCGAGCCUACUACCGUAACUCAGUGGGCGGCCUCUUGCUCUUUGACAUCACAAACCACCGCUCCUUCCAAAACGUCCACAGCUGGCUGGAGGAGGCACGGAGCCACGUCCAGCCGCACAGCAUCGUCCUGCUGCUCGUGGGACACAAGUGUGACCUGGAGGCCCAGCGGCAGGUGAGCCAGCACGAGGCCGAGAAGUUGGCGGGGGCCUACGGGAUGCGCUACGUGGAAACAUCAGCGCGGGACGCCAUCAACGUGGAGAAGGCGUUCGUGGAGCUAACGCGGGAGAUCUUCGAGCUGGUGCGCAGCGGGGACAUCACCAUCCAGGACGGCUGGGAAGGCGUCAAGAGUGGAUUUGUUCCCAACAUGGUUCAUUCCUCCGAGGAGGUCACGAAGGGGAGCAGGCAAUGUUUGUGUUGAUUGGCUGACAGGUGGGAGGCGGGACAUAGGAACUAACUGGACCUGAGCUUCCUGUUGCUGCGGCUGCUUUCAGGCCAGGAGCUGUCGGGACUGUUCAGUCCUUCCCAGUUUACAUGUAAGGUACUGUUUUAUCAAUUAGGUGCCUGAUUAAUCCCUCCCACCACACCACCACCACUCCGCCCCAACAGAAGCACAAGAAGCAUCCUGACCUUUGACCUUUCAGUCUGCAUGUGUGUCCACUUCAGCUUUAUGCCACUGUUGGCCUUUCCUGGUGUGGAACAAAUCUCCAGUUGUUGGUUUUGUUGUAGUCAGUCCCUGGAUGGAUUCAUUCAUACUUCAUGUGGCUCUCUGAUUCAUGCUCUGAAUGCUUGUGUGUUCACGUUCCAGAGAGGAGAGCCACAUCUGUACCAAGUGAUAAAACAACCCAGUCCAUGUUUGAGACGCUGCUCUGCGCUCUAGUUCAAACAAUAUUUAAAGGGGCAAUAUCAUGUMAAAUCAACUUUUUUGAGUUUUAUAUCAUGUUAUAAUGUUAUACUCUCAUAGAAAACAUGCCCAAAGCCUUGAGA